AUGUCGCACAAUAUCCUUGUCACCGGCGCAUCCGGAUACCUCGGAGGAACAUUACUCGCUCGAUGGGCCAGCGCCAAGCUCCCUGCAUACCAGAGGCUCUUCGCUCUCGUGCGCACGGACGAGCAAAGCGAGGCAGUCAAGCAAUAUGGCGCAGAACCAAUCAGAUUCAAUAUUAAAGAUAAAUCCAGCGUCACUACCACCAUCAUCGAAAACAAAAUCUCCAUCAUCUACUUUCUGAUUGAUGCUACUGCCUCUGAAACUCAAGUGCAGAUGAUCAAAGCUCUGGCAGAAGUGAAGAAACAAACUGGACAGGAUGUACACUUUCUCCAUACAUCUGGCGCAAAGCUAUUCAGUAGCCAUGCGGGUCUUCCGACGAAUUCUCCGAUCCCCGAUAAUGAUCCAGCGCUCUAUUACCUCUCGAAAACUACCUAUGCUCGGUACUCAUUCGUUGAAAACGCAGUGAGAGCCAACAAUACAAUCAUCGAAACUGCAUUGGAGUAUGAUGUGAAGAGCUACAUAUUUGUGCCAUGCGUUGUAUAUGGCGAGGGCGAGGGAUUUGGAAAUAAAACUUCCAUUCAAACGGUCGCUAUAGUGAAUGCGGCCAAAAAGCUUCGACGAGUUUGCCGACCCGACCCAGACAAUUAUACCUGGCCUGUGAGCCAUGUUAGUGACAACGCUGGCUUAUACCUGGAAAUCAUUCGGAACAUCUUGUCUGGUAAGGAAAUAGACCAUGGCAUAAAUGGGUACUAUCUUGCCUCUAGUGGCAGCGUGUCUUGGAACAGUCUUUACACCGCCAUGGCCAAGCGCCUUGCUGCACAGAAUAUUAUCGAUGAUGACAAGGUUGAGCUAGCUGAUAGCCAAGCCUUGGAAAGCAUGGGAGCGGCGCUUGGAUGCCCCAAGGACAUGGUUUCAUUGUUUCUGGGUGGAAAAUGCACAUUGCAAGCCAAGCAUGGACGGGAGAUUGGAUGGACUCCUAGAUAUUCAGCGGAGCAUAUUCUGGAAAUGGCGGGUGCAGAAGUUGAUUUGAUCCUUCAAAACCCAUGA